GGGAUGAGGCCCGUGCUCUCUUUGUGUCUGAACCUGGCCCUGGCCUGGGCCUCUGCUUCUCCUCAAACAGUCUGCCGACUGCGGGAGCGUUUCCGUCUGAAUGGGAUGUACCGCAAGGGUGACGUGGUUCUUGGGGGGCUGUUUGAGAUGCACUUCCAGACAGUGUUUCCUGAGCUGUCUUUCACAUCCAAGCCAGAACAGCCAUGGUGUGAGAGGCUUGAUUAUGCAGCAUUCCAGGCAGUGCAGACCAUGGUCUUUGCAAUUGAAGAAAUCAACAAAAACCCAGACCUGCUGCCCAACACCACCCUGGGAUUCCAUCUCUAUGACAACUGCGUGACACUUGGUGUUGCAUUCCGUGCAGCCACAGCGCUGGUCAGCGGUACAGAGGAGUCCUUCUCUGACUUGGGAUGCACAGGUUCUCCCCCCGUUCUUGGCAUGGUGGGUGAUUCAAGCUCCACCAACUCCAUCGCCAUCUCCAGUGUGCUGGGCCUGUUUCGUGUUCCCAUGGUGAGCUACUGUGCCACAUGUUCCUGCCUGAGUGACAGACUGAAGUAUCCCUCCUUCUUCAGAACCAUCCCCAGUGAUGCCUUCCAGGUCAGAGCCAUGGUGCAGAUCCUAGAGCGGUACGGCUGGAAGUGGGUGGGAUUCCUCUUCAGCAAUAGCGAUUAUGGGGUUCACGCGGCCCAGGCCUUCCACCAGGAGGUCAGCCGCUUUGGCUGUGUGGCCUUCUCCGAAAUGCUGCCCAGCGACAACGACCAAGCUGAGGUGCAACGGAUUGUGGGCAUCAUUCGCCGCUCCACAGUGAAGGUGGUGGCAGUGUUUUCCACGGAGGCAAACCUGCUUUCCCUCGCUGAGGAAAUCAGCAUGCAGAACCUGACGGGGCGACAGUGGAUUGCCAGUGAGGCCUGGGCCACCUCGACUAUAAUACUCACACCUGAGAAGCUUCCCUUCCUGGGCGGGGCCCUGGGCAUCGCCAUUCGUAGGGGAGAUAUCCCGGGGCUCCAGGACUUCCUGCUUAGUCUCCGUCCUGACUUUGAGCCUGGCAACAACAUGGUGAACAUGUUUUGGGAGGAGAUGUUCAGCUGUAGCUUCAAAGCAGACUCCCCCGGCAGGGUGUGCACGGGACAGGAGAGUCUGGAGGGCACAGAGUCAGCGUACAGUGACGUGUCAGCACUCAGGCACUCUUACAAUGCUUACAAAGCAGUGUACGCCCUGGCACAUGCCCUGCAUGAUCUGCUGCAGUGCACACCUGGGACAGGGCCCUUCCCAGGACACUCCUGUGCUGAGCUGCACACUCUGCAACCCUGGCAGCUGCUGCACUACAUGCAAAGUGUUAAAUUUACCACCAGCUUUGGUGACCAAGUGUCCUUUGAUGAAAAUGGUGAUGCCCUGGCCAUCUAUGAUGUGAUGAACUGGCAGAGGACAGCAGACGGGACCGUCAGAGCCGUGACAGUUGGGGUGUUUGACGAAUCCGCCCCUCCUGGACAGAAGCUUCAGAUGGAGGAAGGAAAGAUCUUCUGGAAUUUUGAGUCACAUGAACACCCGCACUCCAUCUGUAGUGAGCCCUGCCCCCCAGGCACCAGGAGGGCAAUAAGGAAGGGCGAGCCAGUCUGCUGCUUUGACUGCCUUCCCUGUGCAGAUGGGGAGAUCAGCAACCAGACAGAUUCCAGCGAGUGCUACAGGUGUCCAGUGGACUUUUGGUCAAACCAACUUCGAGAUCGAUGUGUACCCAAGGAAAUCGAGUUCCUCUCCUUCCAGGAACCCCUGGGGAUCUCCCUGACAACUAUCUCAGUGUUGGGGGCGUGUAUCUGCGGAGUUACCCUGUCCGUGUUUGCUCGUCACAGUAACACACCGGUGGUGAGUUACUUUGCCACAUGUUCCUGCCUGAGUGACAGACAGCAGUAUCCCUCCUUCUUCAGAACCAUCCCCAGUGAUGCCUUCCAGGUCAGAGCCAUGGUGCAGAUCCUGCAGAGGUACGGCUGGAAGUGGGUGGGACUCCUCUUUAGCGAUGAUGAUUAUGGGGUGCAUGCAGCCCAAUCCUUCCACCAGGAGGUCAGCCGCUUUGGCUGUGUGGCCUUCUCCGAAAUGUUGCCCAGCAACAACGACCAAGCUGAGGUGCAACGGAUUGUGGGCAUCAUUCGCCGUUCCACAGCGAAGGUGGUGGCAGUGUUUUCCACGGAGGCAAACCUGCUUUCUCUCGCUGAGGAAAUCAGCAUGCAGAACCUGACGGGGCGACAGUGGAUUGCCAGUGAGGCCUGGGCCACCUCGACCAUCUUACUCAUACCUGAGAUGUUGCCCUUCCUGGGCGGGGCCCUGGGCAUCGCCAUUCGUAGGGGAGAUAUCCCGGGGCUCCAGGACUUCCUGCUCAGUCUUCGCCCUGACUUUGACCCUGGAAACAACAUGGUGAACAUGUUUUGGGAGGAGAUGUUCAGUUGUAGGUUCAAAGCAGACUCUCCCGGCAGGGUGUGCACGGGUCAGGAGAGUCUGGAGGGCACAGAGUCAGCGUACAGUGACGUGUCUGCGCUCCGGCAGUCUUACAAUGUCUACAAAGCGGUGUACGCCCUGGCACAUGCCCUGCAUGAUCUGCUGCUGUGCACGCCUGGGACAGGGCCCUUCCCAGGACACUCCUGUGCUGAGCUGCACACUCUGCAACCCUGGCAGCUGCUGCACUACAUGCAAAGGGUUAACUUUACCACCAGCUUUGGUGACCAAGUGUCCUUUGACAAAAAUGGUGAUGCCCUGGCCAUCUAUGAUGUGAUGAACUGGCAGAGGACAGCAGACGGGACCGUCAGAGCCGUGACAGUUGGGGUGUUUGACGAAUCCGCCCCUCCUGGACAGAAGCUCCUGCUGGAGGAAGAAAACAUCUUCUGGAAUUUUGAGUCACAUGAACCCCCACGCUCCAUCUGCAGUGAGCCCUGCCCCCCAGGCACCAGGACAGCAAUACGGAAGAGUGAGCCAGUCUGCUGCUUUGACUGCCUUCCCUGUGCAGAUGGGGAGAUCAGCAACCAGACAGAUUCCAGUGAGUGCUACAGGUGUCCAGUGGACUUUUGGUCAAACCAACUUCGAGACCGCUGUGUACCCAAGGAAAUUGAGUUUCUCUCCUUCCAGGAACCCCUGGGGAUCUCCCUGACAACCAUCUCAGUGUUGGGGGCGUGCAUCUGCGCAGUUACCGUAUCCAUAUUUGCCCGCCACAGGAACACACCAGUAGUGAAGGCAAACAAUUCUGAGCUGAGCUUCCUGCUGCUGCUGUCACUCACAUUGUGCUUCCUGUGCUCCCUGCUGUUCAUUGGCCAGCCCCAACGGUGGACCUGCCAGCUGAGGCAUGCUGCAUUUGGGAUCAGUUUUGCCCUCAGCAUCUCCUGCAUCCUGGUCAAGACCAUCGUGGUGGUGAUGGCCUUCAAGGCUGCGCGACCAGGCGGGAAUACGAUGAAGUGGUUUGGUGUACAGCAGCAGAGGGGCACUGUGCUGGCCUUCACCAUCAUCCAGGCAGUGAUUUGCGUGGCAUGGCUGACCGCUGCUUCACCGGUGCCCUACAAAAACACCCGCUUACAGAACUCUAAGAUCAUCUAUGAGUGUGCGGUUGGGUCAAUAGCCGGGUUCAGUGCUCUGCUGGGCUACAUUGGCCUGCUGGCAGCCAGCAGUUUCUUGCUGGCCUUCCUGGCAAGAAAUCUGCCUGACAACUUCAACGAGGCCAAGUUCAUUACCUUCAGCAUGCUCAUCUUCUGUGCUGUCUGGAUCUCCUUUGUCCCCGCCUAUGUCAGCUCUCCAGGAAAGUACUCAGAUGCAGUGGAGAUAUUCGCCAUCUUGGCCUCCAGCUUCGGGCUCCUGGGAGCGAUAUUUGCCCCAAAAUGCUACAUUAUCCUGCUGCAUCCAGAGAAAAACACCAAGAAGGCCCUGAUGGGACGAGAUGCUCCAAAGCAGUGAAUGUUUUUUUAAUACUUAUUUAAAAUGUCAUUACCGUUAUAAAUCUAUGAACCUAUCUGUUUUAAAUAUGUAUUGAUAUAUGACUUGUACUGAAAUUAUGUAAAUCCAAUGACAUGCACCAACAUAAAAGCAAUAAAGAUCAUUGAUUUUUAUUGAGUAUUCAUUAAUUAGAGUGAUUUAAAUCUA